CUUUCUUUAACUUACUCUCCUCCUCCAAUGGAGCGGCAAAACCAAGGUAUAAAGUAUAAACCAUGCUGAACUCUCUCUCUCUAAAUUUUAUUUUCCUAAUUUUAGUACCUCUCUCUCUCGGUGAAGAAGAAGAGAAUGCAGGCGACAUGGUCGCAAUCAGUGCAGUGCCUGGCAUUUCCAGGACGUGCACCCAUGGCUCAUGUUGCCAACAACAAACCCCCACAUCUUCGUUUCUCUCUCUUCAACCCCAACCGCUCUCCAUCAUCACCCCCACGUUUGCGCCUCUCCUCCCCCAUCAGCGCCCUCGCUUCUCUCGAUAUCCCUGCCGGAAAAGGUAUGACUGGAUUUCAUGAAGUUGAGCUCAAAGUACGUGAUUAUGAGCUGGAUCAGUAUGGUGUAGUCAACAAUGCUGUUUAUGCAAGCUACUGUCAGCAUGGUCGACAUGAACUGUUUGAGAAGAUGGGCAUGAGGGCAGAUGCGGUUGCUCGCACUGGAGAAGCACUUGCACUCUCAGAGCUGUCUCUCAAGUUCCUUGGACCAUUAAGAGCUUCUCAGCUGCCCGCUUUUUCUUCGAACACCACAUCUACAAGCUACCAAACCAUGAGGUCUCACUUCCCGUCCAUCACAGUCCGGCCUCUUGAUUGGACCGUGCUUAACCUUGAUGACCAUUCUACUGUUGUGACAAUUUUGAUCAUGCUAUACUCUCCCAUCGAAACACACUCACACUCACACUCACAUUCACACUCACAUGCACACACACACAGUGUAGAAGGACUUAGAGAGUCCACUCAGAUUAGCCCGAGUUACUCGGCUUUGCUGAACUGUGCCGAUAUUGGAAGCCAAGGCCACAGGCGCGUGGCUUGACAAAAGUUAUCGCCCUAUCCGCAUUCCAUCAUCUUUUAGAUCCAAGUUUGUGCAGUUUGUGCGUGAAGAAGAAUACGAUUGAUUU